CUCCGGUCGGUGCUCAGUCGUGCCGUGCUGUUGCGCUCGCAGAGACCUGUGCCGCUGAGUUCGCACCUGAGAUUUAAAGCACCGAAGAGAGGAGAGAGCGUGUCUGUCCGUGGCAGCACCCUUUCGGGACACCAUCGCACCCCCCGCCGCCGCCCUGACCUCAGGGUCGAUCAACUCAUCGCCUCUGCGAGGGGACUGUGUAAGCCUGGCAGCCACAGCGAUUCCGCAUCCCGCGGCGCCGCCAUCGGGGCUGCCCGGCGUCGACGCCCUGUACUCGAGCCCCUUCCUGCCGUGGGCCGCGGACAGAUCCUCGGGGGUCGUCACCACGUUGGAGCUGGGGUUCCCGCGAAGUAUGGCGCUUGUCGCGCCGCCAGGUACCUGGCGAGAGUCGACAGGCGCCGUGGUCACCUCGGGACCACCGAUCACGCCCACCACCGCCGAGGACAUCUCCAGGGACAUCCAGAGCACCCCUGGCACCGGAGGGCUCGUCGCCUCGGCCUCCACGCACUCGCAGCACUCGAGCGGCGGCAGCUCGUCCCACUCGCAGCAGGGUGCAGUGGACAAAAACCAGAACAUUGAGUGUGUUGUGUGUGGCGACAAGUCCAGUGGCAAGCACUACGGACAGUUCACCUGCGAGGGAUGCAAGAGUUUUUUUAAGAGAAGCGUACGGCGGAACCUGACUUACUCAUGUCGGGGGAACCGAAACUGCCCGAUUGAUCAGCACCAUCGCAACCAGUGCCAGUACUGCAGACUGAAAACCUGUCUCAAAAUGGGCAUGAGGAGAGAAGAAUCGGCCGCUCGACGAUGGGGCCAACAGCAGAAAUCUGCGCUGCUGCCGCCUCAUCGUUUUCCAACGGUUCAGCGGGGCCGGGUGCCGCCGUCGCAACCGUCGGGCUUUCCCUCGCAGUUGGCCAUCACGAACGGCGACCCGAUGAACGGGCACUCAUACCUCUCAAGCUACAUCUCGUUGCUGCUGCGCGCCGAGCCGUACCCGACCUCGAGGUACGGCCAGUGCAUGCAGCCCAACAACAUCAUGGGCAUCGACAAUAUCUGCGAACUGGCGGCGCGGCUGCUCUUCUCGGCGGUCGAGUGGGCCAGGAACAUCCCCUUCUUCCCCGACCUGCAGGUGACCGACCAGGUGGCCCUUUUGAGGCUUGUGUGGAGCGAACUGUUUGUUUUGAACGCGUCGCAGUGCUCCAUGCCCCUGCACGUGGCGCCCCUGCUGGCGGCGGCAGGUCUGCACGCGUCGCCCAUGGCCGCCGACAGGGUGGUCGCCUUCAUGGACCACAUCCGCAUCUUCCAGGAGCAAGUCGAGAAACUCAAGGCGCUGCACGUCGACUCGGCAGAGUACAGCUGCCUCAAAGCCAUCGUCCUCUUCACCACAGAUGCUUGCGGCCUGUCGGACGUAGCGCACAUCGAGAGUCUGCAGGAGAAGUCGCAGUGCGCGCUGGAGGAGUACUGCCGCACGCAGUACCCGAACCAGCCGACGCGGUUCGGCAAGCUGCUGCUGCGGCUGCCAUCUCUGCGCACUGUCAGCUCGCAGGUGAUCGAGCAGCUCUUCUUCGUGCGUCUGGUGGGCAAAACGCCGAUCGAGACACUUAUCAGGGACAUGCUGCUCAGUGGCAGCUCCUUUUCCUGGCCCUACAUGAGCUCCAUGUGACACUCGAUGUGGCGCCAGAUCGCGUGCUCGGCUCCGCCACCCCCGCCCUAGCUCCCCGGCGGGGUCGACACCGCCGCACAGACGCUUCUCUUUUCUGAGUGAGCAUAAAGGAACUCUCUCUCGUGUUUCUCUCUCUCUCUCUCUCUCGCUCUCAUUCUCGUACAUAUUUUUGUACUCGCUGCUGACAAUGCGUUUUCCACUCGCUUUUCCGCGCGGACCGACCGACCGGCCUCUUCUUUGUUAAUUCCAAUAAAAGGAGGCUCCCUGCUUUUUUGUUUUGUUGUUAUUGAUAGGUGUACCUCCUCCUGCUGACCCCGUCUGGCUGGUUUGCAAAUUUUGGAUUAUUUCACACAUGUACUUUUGUGCCAUUUCAACUGGUUGAAAAGUUUUAUAGCUUUAAAAGUCUGCUUUUCAACUUGACAAAUUUUAAUAAUUUAAAAUUUUCACGGUUUGCCGACGCAUUCAAAAUUUGCAAAUAUCCUGGUGUCAGGCCCCCAAGGGUACAAUUGAUGUUGAUUUUCCAACUGCAGCAGACGGUAUCGUUUUUCGUUGAAUUGUAAAGAGCCGUGUCUGUUUAUUAUAGUCACAAGCCCCGAUUUCUGUGCAGUCAAAAGACUCAUCCUGGAACGCAUCUCUUCGCCUGCAGAAUUGCCAGGGUAGGAUCAUAUAGAAGGAUUGGUGUUGCGAAUUAUAUUAAAAGUAAAGAAAUGUGCAUAUUAAUCUAAAUAAAGCAUAGUGACAAUUUGUUGAAAAAUUGGCAUCGACGCAUAGUUGGUUCAAGCUCUGUUGUUUCUCAAGCAGCGCGUGCAUCUUUUGUAUCAAUCUGACACGGAUUGUAGAAGAGAAGUGGCCCAAGUGAAUAAAUAUUUGUACAUUGUAAAGAGCAUAACGCACUUUCUCACUCAACUUGUAAACUAUAUCAUACUUUUUUUGUGAAAAUGAGGAAAGGCAACGCGCUCUAGAUGCAAAACCAAUAAUUGUAAAACUUUUAAAUAAUACAAAUAUAUUGUGAAGAAAAAGGUAUACACACGUGUCAUUAAAAUGUCAUUGAUAAAGAAAUAAAA